UUUGGCUCAGUCGCAGGCCAGCUUUUGUGGCAUCCACACAAGCCCCAACCCAGAGAGGGUUAAAAGCUGCGAACUCAGACCUACGAAUAGCACAAGUAAACAAAGCCCAACCCCAAUCCAUUGGGAUAGUGCGAACCGAGUGGAAUUCCAGACCCCCAGAGGUCUUCGAUUCCGAUUAAUCGGCAGACAGACAGGAAACAUAACCAUCUAGGGGAUUCAGCACGUGCCAAGAUUCACUGGGUUCCCAGUUCCAUCGUGGGAGCAUGGAGAAGUCAUUUGACAUAACGCCCUGGAAGUAUGGCCUGCUGGCCACUUGCAUUCUAAUUGUGACGUGUAACGUGUUCUUCUUCUCCUGCGGCGUGGUCACCUGGGGCUCGGCCGUCUCCGUCUACGGCAGCUAUGGAUCGGCUAUUUGCGGAGUGGCCGUCUUCGGAGUCGCCUUCCUGGGCAUGUACGUGGCACUGAAGGAGUCCUACAAGUAUUCCAUAUACUACUUGAUCUGCAGUGGCCUGGUAAUAGCCGCGCUGGGCUCCUAUCUUUUCGCAUUCACGGCGAUGCGGGAACAGCUGAUGGGCAGGUUCGCGGAGCGCAUGCGCGACCUGUUUGAGGAGAAGACGCACAGCGAUGACAGAAUGCAGCCGGUGCACAGUCUCUUCGGCUGCUGCGGACUGGAAGGACCGCAGGACUACCUCAAGGAGGAGCACGGCGCCCUGCCCAGCAGCUGCUGCUACGCGUUCGACUGCUCCAAACCGGAGCACGUCUACGAGGAGGGCUGCGCCACCAAGGCCGCCGGAAGUCUCAGGAUGCAAGCGGAUCUCAACUACUACAGCUGCAUGGCGAUCAUUUCGCUCGAGUUUAUGGGCUUGUUCACUGCUUACUAUUUGGGCAAGGCUCGCAAGUAUGCCAAAACCAAAAUAAAGGACGAAGAAACCCCCAUCAACGACUGAUGGCCGAGGACACCCCAGCAUUAAUAUUGAUAAUAAAAGUUAACCAAAUUAGCUAAUUUGCCAUUAGAAAAUAAAUACUUUCCAUAGCCUAAACGA